AUGUCCACCUCCGCUUCUUCGUCGACUUCAACGCCACCCUCAGGACAAAAUCCCCAUCCACUCCUUGAAAAUAAUGACGAGAAGAACAGUGUCGUCAUCAAAGUGGGUAUGGUGGGAGAUUCGCAGAUAGGGAAGACUAGUCUGAUGGUGAAGUACGUGGAAGGAAGUUUCGAUGAGGAUUAUAUCCAGACGCUGGGCGUCAAUUUUAUGGAAAAGACCAUUUCCGUCCGAAGAACGACAAUCACGUUUUCAAUUUGGGAUCUGGGCGGUCAACGCGAGUUCGUCAACAUGCUACCACUUGUCUGCAAUGACGCUGUGGCAAUCCUUUUCAUGUUUGAUUUAUCACGGAAAUCAACACUAAAUUCUGUGAAGGAGUGGUAUCGGCAGGCACGAGGAUUCAACAAGACUGCGAUUCCUUUUCUAAUCGGCACGAAGUUUGAUCAAUUUGCUACAUUUCCUCGAGAUGAACAAGAGGAAAUAACGAAGCAGGCAAAACGAUUCGCGCGAGCUAUGCACGCAUCAUUAAUAUUCUGUUCCACCUCUGCAUCAAUAAACGUGCAAAAGAUAUUCAAGAUCGUCCUCGCAAAAGCCUUUGACCUCAAAUGCGUCAUUCCCGAGAUUGAGGGCGUUGGCGAACCCAUUUUGAUAUACGUUGAUUGCGCAAAAUGGAGGUCUACUAUUGUAUCAUGGUUCACACCAAAAGGUCCUUCACGCAAUAUCGGACAAAUUCGACAAGGGGGUUAAAAGACCUCCAAGUGAAAUAAUCGACUGCUGUACCCCUUCGUUGCCCCUCGUCGGUAUCUAUCUAUAUUCGUCUUUUUAUUCCUAUGCCCUCUUUACCCUCCCUUCCUCGCUAAUAGACAACACCACUCGCACAUCCUCGUACCCACCAUCAUUUUACUGUCGUCGUCUAUGUUAUCGUAACCUUCGUUUUGCUGCAUAUUCACUGUUUCGUUUUUUCCACCUCAUCCGUCUGGCGGACCAUUGACCCUUUUCCCAUCCCUAUUUAUCAAGACCCGAGUCCGUCCUAUAACGAUGGCUAACGUUCAGUCAUCUCACAUUCGUUUUUUUCAACAGGACUCGCGAGUCGUCCCCUAGCUUCGCAACUUUUUUUUGAGUUCAUCCCAUCCUUACUUGUACACCUUGUAUGGCUUUAUUCAUUAUCUUAUGUCUUAAUGCAAUCGUAUG